AGUUUGGGGCGGGCAGGGGGCGUCGCACGCGUGGACUGUGAGGUCGAGUGGGGACGGCGAGCCCUGGCGGCGACAUCGACGUCAUCAUGCCAAAAUCACUGAAGAGGAAAAGUGUGGGACAUCAGAAAAAAGUUAUCCAUCCUUAUAGCAGAAAAGCAGCUCAACUUAAUCGAGAAGCUCAUAAACAAGAAAGAAAGGAAAAGUUGAAGAAUGAAAAGGCUUUGCGUCUAACCAUUAUAGGUGAGAAACUGCAAUGGUUUCAAAGUCACCUUGAUCCUGACAAAAGAGAGUAUACAAAAAAAGAUGCUUGUGAACUAAUAGAGAGUUAUUUACAUCGGUUCAACAGUGAACUGGAGCAGAUUGAGUUGCAGAACAGCAUCAAAGGCAGACAGGGAAGGAGGCACUUUCCUCGAGAAGCAGUCAUCAAGCAGACUAUGGAACGUGAGCGGAAACUCUACGAAGGCUACGGCGUGGAAAUUCCUGACAUUGUGAAUACAAAACAUCUGAGAACUUUCAGGGAAUGGGAUGGUGAUCUGAAGAAACUGCCAAAUAUUAAGAUGAGAAAAUUUUGUGCUAAUGAUGGAAUUUCUAACAAGGCCAAGAAGAAAGAUAUUGCGUCUACAGAGGUAGACUUGGGGAAAAUAGACAGCCAAGAUGGAUCAGAUGACUCCGACGAGGAAAUGCCAGAGGUGGCCUAGUUCUAAUUGAUUUGACUGAAGAAGAAAUAAUUACACUAUAGUACUUUCAAGCAUUGCUGGUAAAUAUUCUCAUACAAAUUUACAGAAUCUCUCUCCUGUUCUGGCCUAUAAAGUAAUAUUUGCUGUGCAGUUUUAAAAGAAUAUGUUAAUAAGUCAUAUUUGAAGUAGAAUGCUUAAUAUUUAAAUUUAAGCCACCAAGAAAAGAAAUGCGUAUUAGUGAUCCUUUUACUUGAGUGUAUCAGGAUGAGGAAAAAGGAAUUGGCAUAUUAGUUGAGGUCUUUUUUUAUUAUAUAGAAUAUCAAAACUGGAAAAGACCUCCAGGUUCUGUUAGCUCAUACCCUUACUAUUCAGGAAUCUCUUCUACAAUAUACCCUUCAAGUGGUCACCCAGUCUGUUGCUGAAGACGUCUAGUGAGUGUGAGCCAAUUGUUUGAAGAAUCAGCCUGGUCCACUUUGGCUUAGCUUUCAUUGUUAGGGAGCCUUUCCCUUUCCCGCUGAGCCUCACCUACCCCAUUACUUCUUAUUCUGAUUCUGCCUUCUAGCUUAGCACAGUGAAACCGAUUCCUUUUUAUCAUGAUAGUUCCUAAAAAUACUCCUGAAGUGAUACUCUUUAUCAUAGUUUUUGGUUAGGUGUAAAAACUUGUUUCCUUAAUGUGUUUAUACAUAGUUUAGAAGCCCAAAGCAAGGUCUUCACUACAGUCAUGACAAACCCAACCCUUUCAUUAUUAUAUCACCCUCCCUCCUUUUUUUUAGAAGUAGUAAGAAGUACUUUGUGUAGAAAGAAAACAUUCAUCACUGACAUAUUAAUUGUUGCUUUCACAACCAAAGAGAGUGGAAAAAUUAAUAAGAACUACUAGUGUCUUAUUAUGUUAAUUUCCACUCUUGCUAAGUUAAUCUGUCUUUUAACUGGGGCAUAAAUGAAUUCUGGUUGCCUUCCCUAGCUGGUAUAUAAUUUUGUGAUUUCCUAUCAUGAAAUAUGAUAGAUAUUUCUGUAGCAGAAGCAGUCUUAAGAUAGAAGAAAAUACCUAUCUACGCAUUCUUUCCAAGGGAUGAGAUAAAUUGACAGACGAUAAUGCCUUCCUUCAGAAUUUAGAGAAACAAAAACAUUUGCUAGAAAGAUGAGGUUAUUCAGUGUUAUUAUUUACAACAUACUUUUAACAUGUGUCAUAUUCAUAACAAGUGAAUUGUUAGGGAAAGACAGGUUGAGAGAUUAUUUUUUGUUAAUUUAAAACAAUUUGUCAAUGUUUGAAAUAUAUAUCCUUUAUGA